AUGCCAAACUAUUCAUUAUCUAUCUAUCUAUCUAUCUAUCUAUCUAUCUAUCUAUCUAAAUCUAUUCACUAUCUAAAUUUCUUCAUUAACUAUCUAUCUCAAUCUAUAUUUUCCAAUCUUGAUAACCAGGACCACUGCAAGCACUACAAGAACUAUCAUAAGCAUCUUUGUGAAAGUAAUCAUCUAUCUUGUUCUUAUCUAUGUUUAUAUCUACGCAUCUAUGCAUUCUUAUUUAUUAUCUAUUCAUUUAUUUGGGUUUGUUUAUAUCUAGGUUUAUAUCAAGCCAUUUAUUUAUUCCUAUUCAUUAUCUAUGAAUAUAUCUCAAGUUCAUUCCUGUCUACACAUUCUGCUCCUAUUUACUGUAUCCGAUUAAUAUCUAUCUAUCUAUCUAUCUAUCUAUCUAUCUAUCUAUCUCAAUCAGUUCAUCUAUGUUUAUAUUUUACCAUCUAUCUAUGCCUGUUCAUUGUUUAUCUUGGCCUGUUUACUUACAUCUAUCUAUCUAUCUAUCUAUCUAUCUAUCUAUCUAUCUAUCUAUCUAUCUGUUAUCCCCCAUAA